GGAUAAUCUCGAGCGACAUCGCUCAACUCACUUCGGUCCGCACUCCAACGAGCGUGGUUUCUGGUACUGCUGCCAAUGCGGCGAUGGCCCAUAUAUUUUGAAACUCUACUCGGGAUGUAUUGGGUUCGGAUGUCCUGACCACCAGCGGUAAAGUCGCUAAGCGGCUGUGCCACGACCUUGCGCGCAGGCAGAACAUCGUGUCAUCCUCGCUCCAUCUUCCUUUCCGACCAGACUCUUCACGCGUCUCCUACUCCGUCCAUUCUCUAGAAUUAAUCCAGUUGCAAUGACCAGCAUGCAUGUCUCCAAGGAUAAAGACCGUCAUGACGCGACCGAGGACGCCGAAGAACUAAUUAGAAACAAGCGACGAAAGAUUACUCCCUCGCAAGGACUGUGCGAGCAAUGCCGUUCGCUCAAGCUUGACAGAAGCUUCGAACGCGCUUUCAAAUUCUACAAGUUGGCUAGAGAAGGCACAAUCCCUCGCUCCCAAGAGCUUCAGCGCCAGGCUAACGGGCCUUUGUACUACGAAGACUGCUUCUUGGUCCACCGGUUCAAGGAUCGAUUAGCUACGCCGUCCGGGUGUCUUUUAUGUCAUUUCUUCCGGACUAUGAGGGUUCAACCAGGCCUCCAGGAGGAUUACAAACUUCUCGCCUUCUGCAGCACCGAGAGCCGACUAUUUUGCCUUCCGAGACUCAAGGCCAGCAGCGCAUGGGAGGGCAUCAACCACUCGGUAUUCAUGGCGGUUGUGCCGGAUAUCGCAUCUAUUCCACCCAACGGCCACGGAGAACUUUGUUUGGAGAGCGAUAUUCCUGCUGUAGGAUCGAUCUAUCGCUUGCGUUCAGGCGAGUCCGGCGACACAAACGCGACCCUAGAAGCACGGGAACUGCAGGAGAGGGCCGACUUCACUGUGAUCCGAGAAUGGCUUUCGUUUUGUAAUGAACACCAUGACCAUGUCUGCAAGCGCAGCACGUCACAUGGAAACAUCGCGCGAGGAUUUCGCGUCAUUAAUUGCGAUGAGGAUCCUCCUAUCGUGGAGGAGCAGGAGUGGGGAAUCACCUAUGCAGCUCUAAGUUAUGUCUGGGGGAAAGGUCCCGAGGCUGAGAAGAGAUGGCCCGCGACAGUCCUAGAUGCCGUCGCCGUUAUGAAAGAGAUGGGGAUGAAGUAUUUAUGGGUGGAUCGACUCUGUAUCGAUCAGCAAAACGAAGAGGAGAAACAGUACCUCAUUGCAAGAAUGACGACAAUCUACUCCGAGGCGGAUUUUACGAUUGUGGCCGCAGCUGGCUCUGGGGCGGGCUACGGGAUUCCGGGCGUACGAGCGACACUCCGCAAGCCUCAGGCCAAGUUCAGGCUGGACAGCGGGAGCGUGCUCUUGUCUACGCACCGCGAUCCUCGUCUGGAUAUCCUUGAGUCAGAGUGGUCCACAAGAGGUUGGACGUAUCAGGAAGGCAUCCUGUCGAAUCGCCGACUCGUUUUCACAGACCACCAAGCGUAUUGGGAGUGCCGAUGUAUGGCCAUUCAUGAUGGCAUCCGUCUGCCUCUACACCUUGUCCACGAACCUUCGAAGGCACGUAUGGCAGACUUCAUGCUCGCUGGUAUUUUUAAAGGAGUCUCGUACAGCGGCGGAGCUAUGGACGAUGAUGGGGAGGUCUUGAUUAGCGACGAUUCUUAUAGUCUCGACUACGGCUUUCCCAUCCAUGACGAUGGCUCCAUACGGGCUAAAUUCAGAGGACUGGAGGAGCACAUACGUGCUUUCUCGGCAAGAAACUUGGGCUACGACGAGGACUCUUUAAACGCGUUCCAGGGAAUUCUGGGUCUAUACGAUCCAAUCAACAUCAAUGCCUUGUUAGGAAUCCCGAUAUGGUUCGGGAAAGUCGCUGGGCGACAAUCUGGCCCGCAGGUGACUUUCGCACUUUCCGUCUGUUCAUGGUACCAUCGGAGCGACCCGAGUCUCCGAAUGUUUGUGGCCGAAGACUGUCAGCGCAGGACCCAUCUGCCUUCGUGGACGUGGGCGGGCUGGAAGGGCACCGUUUCAUGGCGCUCGCCACCCCAGGAAGAACACUCUGUGAUGAUGUGCAAUCUGAUCGAGGUUGAUACGCUCGAUUUCUUGUGGGUUGCUGACAUCUAUCUCCGAGAAGCGUGCGUGUCGUCUCCAGUUCGCUUAGCGGAUGUUAGAUCGGCGCAAGAGUUGCAGGAUGAUGAUCUCGACCUGAGAGUGCUCGAAGUCAGGAACCCCCUCACUCUGAAAUACUUCACCUGCAAGCCAACCAAGAAAGAGUGGUCAUGGCGCCGCCACGCCGGUAGAAGGGGCAGAGAAAGAUAUGAUGUCGGUAGAACAGAGUGGGACUUUGACUGGCACCGGCUCGCGGGCAGACUGGUGUGCAUCAGUGUGUCGAUGCCGAUGACAAGGGAUCAGUGGACUCAGAAACACAGAUCCAGAGAAUUUAUCAGCAUUCUCAUGUUUGCCGGGCGCGAUCCGUCCAUUAAACACGGCCGAGCUAGGUUUCUGACUCUUCGUAAGGUGAUUUCGCCGGGCAGGCCUUUGCGCUGGGAGAGAGUUGGGACAGUGCAAUUAACUAUCUCAGAUCCGGAACUCUCCAAGUAUCAAACGAACGGAGAAAUAUUGGAUAAUCUUCCGGUGCAGCGAGAACGAGAAACUUUUGCGAUUUGGUAAGGGGUUGAGGUCAUUUGGGUUUGGUUUGGCUUAGGUUAAUAUUUCAACACUACGGGAUCGCAGCUACAUAUGCGGGUCGACUAUAGGGUGGACACUAGGGGAUCAGUUGCUGAGCCUAAUAGAGC